AUGCAGCUGUAUCGCCUCGGUCUGCUGGUCGCUUCCUUUGUGUCCUCUAUUGGAGCACAGUCGACCUUCUCCCCUGCCCGUCCCCCAGCGAUACCCCUCGCUGUUAGGUCCCCGUAUCUGAGCACUUGGCUCAAUGCAGGAAGCGAGGGCAGCAAUGGCGGGUACUUGGCCGGUCAAUGGCCUGUCUUCUGGGAGAACCAGGUCAAUGGAUGGGCAGGUUUGAUCCGGGUCGACGGGAACACCUAUACUUGGAUGGGUCUCCCCGGAUCCAAAACUGUCAACCAGACCGCGUUCGAAUAUACUUCGACUAAGAGCAUCUUCACUAUGAACGUGGAGAAUAAGAUUGAGAUGAAGAUAACUUUCUUGUCACCUAUUACACCUAGCGACCUCAAACGCCAGUCCCUCGUUUUCUCAUAUCUUAAGGUCGAUGUCUCUUCCCUUGACGGCAAGACGCAUGAUGUGAAAGUCUACGCGGAUAUCUCUGCAGAAUGGGUGUCGGGUGACCGAAAUGCUAUCGCAGAAUGGGAGUAUGGUACCACUGACGGUGUGGCCUACCACAAGGUACGCCGACAGACUCAGCUGGCCUUUACCGAAAAGGGCCAGCAGGCUGAAUGGGGUAACUGGUACUGGGCCACCGACAACUCGAAAGGCAUGACUUACCAAUCCGGUGCGGAUAACGAUGUCCGUGGUCAGUUCGCGAAAAAUGGCAGACUCACCAACGGCCGCGACACCAACUUCCGGGCUAUCUCCUCUGCCUGGCCUGUCUUUGGGUUCUCGUCCGAUCUGGGCUCGGUCAGCUCUUCGCCUGUCGGCACACUCUUCUCGCUCGGUCUGACACAGGACAACGCCAUUCAAUACGAAGGUGCUUCAGCGUAUGGUCCAGUACCGUCUUUGUGGAAGAGUUAUUUCAAUACAGAGUUGGCCGCUCUUUCAUUCUUCCACCAUGAUUAUAGCGAAUCGAGCAAGCUCUCGAGCUCUCUGGAUAGUAGAGUGUCCCAGGAUUCAAUUGCCACAGCUGGUCAAGACUAUCUCUCUAUCACUGCGCUGUCAGUUCGGCAGGCAUUUGGUGCUACCCAGCUUUGUGGUACACAGGACAAAAUGUACAUUUUCCUCAAGGAAAUCUCUUCCAAUGGCAACAUGAAUACUGUGGAUGUGAUCUUCCCAGCCUACCCAAUUUUCCUAUACACCAACCCCCAACUCCUCAAGCUCGUCCUCAAUCCUUUGCUUGAGAACCAGGAAGCUGGAAAGUACCCAAACAACUAUUCCAUGCAUGAUCUAGGCUCUUCCUACCCGAACGCUACUGGUCACUCGGAUGGCAGCGAUGAAAAAAUGCCAUUGGAAGAGUGUGGAAAUAUGCUCAUCAUGUCUUUAGCUUAUGUGCAAAAGUCCGGUGACUCCGACUUCUUGAAUGACCACUACCCUCUCCUCAAGCAGUGGACCAGUUAUUUGGUUGAGGACUCGCUUUACCCAGCAAAUCAGAUCUCCACCGACGACUUUGCCGGCCCCCUAGCCAACCAAACCAACCUCGCACUCAAGGGCAUGAUCGGUAUCCAGGCCAUGUCCGUAAUUGCCAAACAGACUGGUCACACCGCGGACGCUGCCGAAUACUCGAGAAUCGCCAAAGACUACAUCACUCAGUGGCAGAACCUGGCUAUUGCCAAGAAUGCUAACCCGCCCCGGACUACGUUGUCGUACGGCGAUACUGCCAGCCAUGGUCUGCUGUACAACCUCUUCGCCGAUGCCCAGCUAGGCCUGAAUCUUGUUCCACAGUCUGUCUAUCAGAUGCAGAGUGACUUCUACCCGACUGUUGAAAACAGGUACGGCGUGCCUCUAGACACCCGUCACACAUACACCAAAGGUGACUGGGAGUGCUUUGCCGCAGCAGUCAGCUCGGUCUCCACGCGGGCUAUGUUUAUCAAUGAUCUCGCGACCUGGAUCAACGAGACAACAACAAACCGAGCGCUUACCGAUCUAUACGAAACUGAAACAGGAGGUUACCCUGGAAAUCAUUUCGUCGCUCGCCCCGUCAUGGGUGGUUCCUUCGCUCCUCUCCUCGUCCGCUAG